GGACCAAUUGGCACACAUCUGGCAUUUCCUGCUUCCAGCUGCCCUCUUCGAUCUCACCAUCAGGUCCUACGUCUAACUCUCACCGCAACACCAGGCAGAGUGAGGGCAGUGUCACCAACCUCGAUAUUCCAGGUUUGAAGAUGCCACGUGGAAUUGCGGUAGACUGGGUGGCUGGUAACCUCUACUGGACCGAUUCGGGACGUGAUGUGAUCGAGGUUGCUCAGAUUUCAGGCCAGCACAGGAAGACGCUGAUUUCUGGCAUGAUUGAUGAGCCUUAUGCCAUUGUAGUGGAUCCUCAGAGAGGAACCAUGUACUGGACAGAUUGGGGCAAUCAUCCAAAGAUUGAGACGGCAGCCAUGGAUGGGACACUCAGACAAACCCUGGUCCAUGAGAACAUCCAAUGGCCUACAGGUCUUGCAGUGGACUACUUCAAUGAGCGUCUGUACUGGGCAGAUGUCAAGCUCUCUAUGAUUGGCAGUGUGCGUUUGGAUGGCUCGGACCCUGUUGUGGCUGUAUCUAACAUCAAAAACAACCUCCUUCAUCCCUUCAGCAUUGAUAUCUUUGAGGAUUACAUUUAUGGUGUUACCUACACCAAUAACUUUGUCUUCCGGGUUAACAAGUUUGGGAAAGGUCAGGCGGAGAAUCUGACCACUGGCAUCAACCACGCAACUGACAUAGUCCUAUAUCACCGCUACAAACAGCCUGAGAUGACUAACCCAUGUGAUAGGAAGAAGUGUGAAUGGUUGUGUUUACUCAGUCCCAGUGGGCCAGUGUGCACCUGUCCUAAUGACCACAUCCCGGACAACGGUACCUGUACAGAGGUGCCUCCAGCGACCCAAUCCCCCUUCACUCCUACAUGUAAUGUUCAGUGCCAGAAUGGUGGCAGCUGUUUCCUCAACGCAUGGAGCCAGCCCAAAUGUCGCUGUCCCACCAGUUACAGUGGAGAACGCUGUGAAAUCAACCAGUGCAGAGACUACUGUCAGAACGGAGGAACCUGCUCCCCUUCACGCACAGGUGCUCCUACCUGCCGCUGUCAGACUGGCUUCACUGGCCCCAAAUGUAACCUACAUGUUUGCAACAACUACUGCCAGAAUGGGGGCAACUGCACUGUCAACCAGGGCAACCAGCCAACCUGCCGUUGUCCAAAGGGCUUCUUGGGUGACCAGUGCCAAUACAGUCAUUGUGAGGACUUCUGUAAGAAUGGAGGUACUUGUAUGGAGAUGAUGAAUGGCACUAAACAUUGCCAGUGUUCUGAGUCAUACUUUGGUCCACAAUGUGAGCUGAGCAAGUGUGAAUACUGUGGAAUGGGCAAGUGUGAAGUGCUAGGCAGCGGGAUAACAUGCAAGUGUCACACCGGCUGGGCAGGUUUCCGCUGUGAGCUCAAUGUCGCCCCUGUUCAAAAAUCAGACUCUGGAAAUACUCCGUCAGUGGUCAUCCCAGUGAUGCUACUGCUCUUACUUGCACUGUUAGUGGUUGGUGCCAUCUUGUGGUACAAGAAGAGAUGCGUGGGUAACGCUAAAGGAUUCCAGCACCAGAGGAUGACCAACGGAGCCAUGAACGUUGAGAUCGGGAACCCGGCGUACAAGAUUUACGAAGGAGAGCCUGAUGAUGACGCAGGCGAGCUGCUGGACUCCGAGUUCAGUCUGGAUCCAGAUAAGCCCACAAACUUCACCAACCCUGUAUAUGCCACUCUCUACAUGGGCGCCCAUAACAGCCGUAACUCUCUGGCCAGCACAGACGAGAAGAAAGAGCUGCUGUCUGCAGGAGAUGACGACAUGGGAGACCCUCUGGCAUAGAGUCCCGGCCGGACGCCCACCCUCACGCAGACCUUUAUGCCUUUACAUGUCAAAGGAAAAGCAACAACAGCAGGAACACUGUACAAAAUGUAAAAAAAAAAAAACACACAAAAAACAUAAACAUGAAGGACACUUUUGUAUGUGAUCGCAGUAUUAUAUUUUAUUCUUCGAGAAAUCCUUCUGGUCAACAAAAGAAAGCAUUUUCUAUACAUGUACUUUUCUUUCCCUUCCCUGUUUUUCUUUUCUUUUUUUCAGACUUUGCAUACCUAAUUUCUCGCCCUUGCCCUCCAUUUAGCCACUACCUCUGUGCUCAACAAGAUGCCAACAACAAUAUGGGAAAUCCUUUUUUUUUUCUUUUUUUUUUUUAACGUUUAUUUUUGUAUCAAUUGUAUAGAGAUCAAUGUUUCUUUUAGGAAAAGCAAAAUUGCCAAGUGUUGCUAAUGAAAUGUGAGGGAGGGGUGCACGGCCGACUGAAUGAUAACAGAUGCUGACUCGGCCCGUGUGUGAUUGCAGAUGGCUGGACGAGUCGGCAUCGCUUUUAUUUCUAUACUGUUAUCUCAGAGAACAACGCUUACGAUGAUUGUCAUACUUCUUGCACAGAUUGAUUUUAUAUAUAUUUACAUAUAUAAUUAACAAAGUGUCUUGACAAAUAUACCCAGGAAUACAAGCAGACACCCGUACGAAUAGCAGUAUAACUGUCUUUGUUUUAGCUUCGUUUUUUUUAAUGGAUGAAAAGAUGUUGAUUGAAUCAAGGAGUGAGUGAAUCCAAACGGAUGGUAAAUGUAAGGUCAUUCCAGAACUGUUUCCAGGGUAUCAGUGGCCUUGGUGUGUACGCAAGUGGUACGUCCAAAGGAUGCGGGCCUCAUCUGACGCCAUGUCUUCCAGUACGCCGGAAACAGCCAGGAGAAAUGCUCAGAUGAUUGUCAUCUGCUCAUUGGGAGCUGUAUGUCACUUUUAGUUCACUAGUUUUGUGUCUUAUGGACUUUAUGCUCAGUGUAAGUGCAUUCCUGUGAGGUUUGUGUGGAUCCAGUAAUAAGUCACUGCCUUGCUGCUACUCUUCCCAUCAUUCUCAUCUGCCUGACCUGUAGAGAGACUCGGCCAGCCCUGCUUGUGGCCGAGCGUCCACUGCUUCUAUUGGAGGUAACCCGUGUGCCAUAGGCUAAUGCAUGGAUCGAACAGCUCAUAAAGACUAGCAUCGGCUCAACAGAUACAUGUUAACAGUAUUCAUCCGAGCAUCUGGACUUAACGUAAAGUGUCUGCUCUGUUUACGAUCAAAUGUAAUUUAGCACGGCCCUCGGUGGCCUUUUACUGUCACAGAUGACUAGUGUCACAACCCUGCAACCGUUUCUGUAGUUUUGUUGGUACAUUUUUUUAUAUAUAUAUAUAUAUAUAUAUAUACAAAAUAAUUAAACUGCUUUUUAUAGUAGAAAUGCAUGGUGGCUCAACCCUUCUUUUGGAGAGACCAUGUGAUGUUCGUUUCUUUUGUUUCCAGCUGGAGAUCAUCAUGAAUCACAGACAAUAACACAUAUUAAAAAUAAAAAAUGUGUACAUAACUAA